AUGUUAACUUUUCAACAUGAUUCAUUAUUUUCGUUACAGGAUAUGAUCAUUCAAUCAAUCUGUCAAAAACCUAAAGUAAUUUUUAAUACACAAUAUUUUUAUUGCCUUCCACCAAAUGUCCUGGAGACAUUGAUUAAAAGGGAAGAUUUGAAAUUGGAUGAAAUAAUUAUCUGGGAAAAUUUAGUUAAAUGGUGCGUUUAUCAAUGUAAAUAUUUUGAAAAUGAUAAGGAUAUUUUUACAAUCAAUUUUAGUGAUAUAGAAAUAAAUACCAUUAAAAAUACACUUGAGAAUUACAUUUAUUUAAUUAAUUUUCAAGGAAUUUCUGCCAGAGACUUCAUAAACAAAGUGAUGCCAUAUGAAGAAUUAUUACCAAGGGAACUUAAAAAGGACAUUUUAAGAUAUCACAUGUUACCAGGCGUUGAAAGUCCGGACAGCCCAAGCUCAAACAACACGCCAGAACCUCCUCAAUCUCCUACGGCAUCAUUAAAUGGCGCAUAUAGAUUCGAAUUUGAUCAAUCAUUUACACGUAGGGUUAUCAGACCAAAAGGGUCCAUAAGAUGUUUCAAAGGUUGGGGUCCCAUAUUCGGUGAUUUAAAUGGUGAUAGCAAUGAUUUGGCCAUGACAAAUUUGGGUAAUUGGAGUUCAAGCAGUGGUUCUUACGAAAAUGUCGGAAUCCCUAAUCAUUUUAAAGUUGAGGAAUGGGAAGUAUUUCAGAUAAAGAAGAAGAAAGAAUAUGAAUUAUUAGGUAUAUAA